GCCGCGUAUCACAUGCCUGCCUUGCGUGGGGCCGCGGUGAUUGGGCAGCCUGUCAGCCUCUCCCCUCUCCAUUGGCCGGGGCUUCCCGCCCCCCUUCCGACCCUCCCCCCAAUCGGGACGCGAGCUGCGGACGGCGCCUUCUCCGAUUGGCUGGCCGGGAAGAUGGCGAGAACGGCGCACGGAGGAGCCGACAGUGAGCCCCGGCUCUGCCCGAUGGCCGAGAGUGACCCGGCCGAGCCCUGCAGGGAGGGCAGCCCGAGGUGGGGCCCCCAACAUGCUGGGGCCCGGGAGCUCGCCGAACUCUACUCCCCAGGGAAGCGGUUACAAGAAUGGAUCUCCGUCAUGCUUUGCUUCCUUUUGAUGUCCUUUAAUUUCUGCAACCUAAUCCGCUAUUUCAGCUUCGAACACACGGCCAGCAUUGUGCUCAGCAUCGUUGCAGGGAUUGUCACAGCGGACUUCGCCUCGGGUUUGGUGCACUGGGGCGCGGACACGUGGGGCUCCGUAGAGCUGCCUAUUGUCGGGAGGGCCUUCAUCCGACCCUUCCGGGAACACCAUAUCGAUCCCACCGCCAUCACUCGGCACGACUUCAUAGAAACCAACGGUGAUAACUGCAUGCUGACCAUCAUCCCCUUGUCUUAUUUGGCCUUUAAAUGCAUCAACCACUCACCAGAUCUCCUCUACAAGUCCUACGCCGCCGACUGCUUCAUAUUCGCUUUGGCCAUGUUUGUCACACUGACCAACCAGAUUCACAAGUGGUCUCACACCUACUUUGGUCUUCCUUCCUGGGUGGUCUUCCUCCAAGACUGGCACAUCAUCUUACCCCGCAAACACCACCGCAUCCACCACGUGUCUCCGCACGAAACCUACUUCUGUAUAACGACAGGUUGGCUGAACUACCCACUAGAAAAGAUUGGAUUCUGGCGACGGCUCGAAGACUUCAUCCAUGGCGUCACGGGGGAGAAACCGCGGUCAGACGACUUAAAAUGGGCCCAGAAGGUCAAAUAACGUCCGGCCAGCUCCCGCCACUCUUUAACCAGUUGCCAACCUUUUAAAAAAAGAAAAAGUGAAAACUAAAAGCCAUUAGCCAAAUAUGUCAAAGACUCACCUGGAAGUAACUGACUAACCAGCACAAGACCGGAUUGUGCUCUAAAACUCCAUAAGACUCUAAUCCACAGACUCGCACUCCGUGACACUAAGGAGGACCGCGCUGGGCCCAAAGCCUUGAGGCCCACCGCCUGCUUUCUGAAGCAGCUGACACCAUACAUUGUUUUAUUUUUUCAAUUUUGCUGAUGUCCCAGGUGACCCCAUUACCGAGCUUCGUGUGUCCAUCACAUGGGCCAGAGAAGAGAUUGUACACAGUCUUGCACUAUGGAAUCAGUGAUAAACAUUUGUUGUAUCAACAUGAGUCUGCUGCCUGUGGAGACGCCUAAUACAGAUAUGAAGGAAGAACAGUGCUUAUUUUUUAUUUUUUUUUGCUGUCGUAUUAUUAUUUAGAAUGUUUUCAAUGUUCAAAUCUUUUCGAUUUUGUGAGAAAGGCCUAAAGUGCAUGUUUGAUCCUGCAGGCAAUCCGGGUCCUGGGAUGUAGCACAUUUUUCCAUCGCCAGUUUCCUUCUUAUCUCCAUAAUCAUGGCACUGACUGACACUCAACCCCUGAGACGCUGAAAGAUAAAAAUAUAUUUUUAAAUACCUCUGUACUGACCGUGGUGAAGGGAAGAGGCUCUUUCCUUUCCUUACGUUUUUUUUUUUUUCUUCUUUUUUUUGUUUCUCUUUUUUUUAGAAACCGGCAAAAAAUUUAAUAAAACUCGCAGUUGAUAAGUAGCACCGGUACUGUAAAGUCCAUCCAUAACUAGAUAAAAAAAAUAAAAAAAAGAGGAUGCUUAGCAGCAGAUUCCAUCAGGGUUUCCUGAGUAGGUAAGUGCAUUAGGUAGGUGUUCGUGUAUGUGGAGUCGUCGUUUUGGGCUGCUUGUUUUGUAAAUAAGAAGCAUAGUGCUUAUGUUGUGCAGUGCUUCCGUGGUAGCCAGUUGACCGUAACGGAAGGCGAAAUGCGUCGGCGUGUUUUUAACGGUUGUGCUAAUAUCGGUGUAAAAGUUGAAAGAAAAUGGUAGACGUGGGGAUGGCUCAGGAAAGAUUUAUAUUCUUUACCCUUACUAACGGUAGGGGGCGACUUUAGCGACUUGUAGAAUUCGGCUCGGUAACUUCUACAAAAGUGUUGACUUUGUUGCUGUUUUUGAAACUUUAAAAGCAGUCCUCCCUAACGUCCAUUGGCGAGCUAAGGAGUAAGGUCUGAAGCCCUCAGCUCCUUUACUUCCUUGGGAGAACCAAGUAAUAUAGUCUGUAGCCUUCAGUUCUAAAACUUAUAUGGUAGAGUCAAGGAUUAAGGUCUAUAGCCCUCAGCUGGCUAACUUCCAUGGCAGAGCCAAGGAAUAAGGUCUUCAGUCCUCAGGUUGCUAACUUCCAGGGGAGUGCUGAGGAAUAAGGUCUGUAGCUCUCGGCUCGCUUAUUUGUAUGGGAGAGCCAAGGAAUACGGUCUAUAGCACUCAGCUCAAACUUCCAUGGGAGAACCAAGGAAUAAGGUCUGUAGCUCUCGGCUUGCUAAUUUGUAUGGGAGAGCCAAGGAAUACGGUCUAUAGCACUCAGCUCGAACUUCCAUGGGAGAACCAAGGAAUAAGGUCUGUAGUCCUCAGCUCACUAACUUCCAUGGAAGAAACUGAGGAUUAUAGGUUACAGCACUUGGUAACUUCCAUGAAAGACCUGAGGACUAUAGGGUUCAGCGUUUGCUAACUUCCAUGGAAGACCUGAGGACUAUAGGGUACAGCACUUGGUAACUUCCAUGGAAGACCUGAGGACUAUAGGGUACAGCACUUGGUAACUUCCAUGGAAGA